UAUUGUUUAAUUGACCGUACCAAUCUCCUCCUUGUCUCCGGUGCAGUUGCAAAUCUCUCGCACAAUGCUGCAAUUCCAAUUACGCGGAUAUCGUAAACUACGGGCUAUCGGUGGUCGGGACAUUUAGAUUUUAUGUAAUGGAUGUCGUGUGCAUGUUUAAUUCAGAUUGACUAUUCCUUCGAUAGAAAAUGAGGAAGGGGAGGCAUUCAUAGUCAGAAACACGCAGCAGGAAUUGAAGAAGAAAAACCAUAUAACUAUUAUGCCUUUUGAUAUAGUAGAUUUUCCUUAAGUUUGAUUUUGAACGAAAUAACUUUAAAUUUGUAAUAUAUUUCUAGAGUUUUGAUAAUUGACUUUGUUAAGCUGAUUGUGCGAUAAAUUCAUAUAGCGAUCGACAUGGAAAUUAUUCUUUGGAGGAUUACUCAGUUUAGAAAUGAAUUAUUGAUGUGAUGUAUGAAAUCUGUGAAACUGGAGCUUCUGCAACCUGUCAUUAAUUUUGUGAUGUAAGGUUCACACCUCAUCGUACAGAAAUAUGGAAAUAAUGGACACCUACACGUAAACAGGCAUUCUGAAAGGAAAGGGGAUUGGGGCUUGAUUAUGGAGCUGUCACCGAACAACGAUUCCAAUACUACCACAGUCUCCGACUUGAGUUUGGAACCAAGCAAUGGGCUGAUGGAAUUCGGACAUUGGUUUACACGUAUCCAUGGGUACGCCAGCUUGUUCACGUGUAUCUUUGGGAUAUUUACCAAUCUGUUCAACAUUUCUAUUCUGACUCGGAAAGACAUGUGGAAUCCAACAAACUGUCUGCUGACAUGGCUAGCGGUUUCCGACAUUCUCACCAUGAUCCCAUACAUUCCCUUCUCAUUGCAUUUCUACUGCAUUCACAAUUUUGAUGAAAUUUCUGAGGAGAAGUUCUCUGAAGGAUGGACAACGUACAUGCUCGUUCUCGUCAAUCUGGCAGCGACUACCCACACUAUUUCAAUAUGGCUUGGCGUCUCCUUGGCGGUAUUCAGGUUCACACAAUUGCGCAAUACAGCGAAAGGACCUUUGGCACGAAGGAGGAGCAUGCGCCAAGUGAAAUACACUACUGCAUUGGUGUAUAUUCUUUCUACCCUGUGUCUGAUCCCGAACUAUUUGACCAACAAGGUUGUGCAACAGAAUACAGAAACCAACAUGACGAUUUACGUCCUUAACGAUCUAAAAUUAGCGACCAAUGAAACCGAGGCGAUAGUCCUCGCCAACGUUCUGUCGUACGCCAUCGUCGCCAAAUUUAUUCCGUGUGCUCUUAUGAUCGUGUUCGGGGGUUCACUGUUGUACAGUCUCGGGAUAAAAGGACGACAUAGAAGAACGCGGCUAUCAGCUGGUCAGCCUCCGGCCAAAAGAGGGACGAAGCACUCAAAAACAACCAAAAUGUUGUUAGUUGUGAUUAUUCUGUUUUUAGUCACGGAAUUCCCACAGGGUAUCGUGAUUUUUAUGAGUGCCAUUGUUCCCGAUUUCUACAAGUCUGUGUAUGUGCCUUUGGGAGAUUUCAUGGAUUUUCUUGCACUUGUGAACAACGCCAUAAAUUUUGUAUUGUACUGUAGCAUGAGUAAUCAAUUCCGGUCUCGAUUUUUGGAGAUGUACUGUAACAAGAGACGUGGUUUUAAGUACACCAAGCGGUUUAGCUUUUCUUAUUCUUUGUCUUCGUUCACAAAGACAUCUGUAGUUGACCAUUCCCUGAAGAGGUGAAGCAAGUUUUCAGAAGUGCUGUAAUUGCCAAAAAACAGUGAUAAUCUUAUAAUCAAUCGUUUUUGUAUUAAAUAGAUUGUUCUAAAUGUAUCAUUCCAUUGUGAUAGAUUAAAAUGGUCUCGAAAGACAA